GCGAGCCGCCAUCUUUAGAGCGACGAGGAAAGGCGUACGCGGAGCCGGCGACCCGGCUCUCUACUGUGCGCGAGGACGACGACGCGUGCUUCGCACGUCCAGCAGCAGCCGGCGAUGGAGAUGAGUGCGUCUGCGGGUAGGAACUGUUGUUAGCCGACGGCUCCGCUGAAGGGAGCCGUUCGGAGGUGGAGAAGCAGUUUCGCGAAGCUAUUACCUAGCUUAGCCUGUAAUUUUGAGUUUCGCACCAGUUUCACCCUUUCGACAGCGUCAGUAAGCGAGAGCCCCGUUGUGCCCGAGUGCUGUUGUGUCUAGGUGACGGCGUACAACACGUGAACAGUGUCGGGCCCGAGGAGCCACUAGAGUUUUAACCAGCAGCCACCGUGACACGAAUGCUGUCACUGCGGCUGGUCUCCUGCCGGUUCCUCAAGCAACCAUAAGAAGGGGACUACUUGAGACGUUUCAGUGUUGCCAUGUAACUCACUCAUUCGUUGUGCUUCACCAAGUGUGUUGUGUUCCUGUGAUCCAUUAUUCAUCACCUCGUCUUAGUAACAUCAUCAUACUGACCCUAGCACUGUCGAGAUGGACCAGGAAAGACUGAAUGGUCGAGAUGUACCAGGAAAACUGCGACAUGGAUACAAAGGAUAAGAAAGGAGAGGGGGGCUACAGACGAGGUGAUUCGCUGGCACAUGGAAAGAUGUUUCUUUCAGGCGCAGUGGACGGCGGCUGCCAGGCUGGCCUGUGAGUUGGAACGCCACAGCUUGAGGAUGCGCAAACCCACUUUUUGCACAGACGUCACAGUUGCUGAAAUGACCUCGGCUAAUCAGAAUAUAGAAGUGUGCGGGGAGAGCCGCAUGGAACGGGUGCGCAAGCUGCUAGGCUCACCACAUGCCCGUCGCAAGUCUGGUACUCUGGCACUUCGCAUCUUUGGCGCACCUCUCGACUCCCUGUCACAACAUGGCUCAGUGCCAUUUGUGGUUGUCCGCCUGUGCCAGUACAUAGAAAAGACAGGCAUGGGACAGGAGGGCCUCUUUCGGGUGAGCGGCAAUGCCCGUCUGGUUGAGAAGCUACGCUGGAGCUUUGACCAGUCAGGCGACGCACCUCUGGAGGCCGAGGGGGAUGUAGCAGUGGCUGCUGCCCUGCUUAAGCUACUUUUCCGUGAGCUGCCCGAGCCUUUGGUGCCCACGGACAUGCAUCAAGCUUUCCUGGAUGCCAUCCAGGCCACUGUGCAUGACAGAGAAGAGUGCACACGACGCCUCAAGUGCCUCGUGGAGCAGCUGCCGCCAAGCAACUUUGCCGUGCUCAAAUACCUCUGCCACUUCCUGAGCCGAGUGGCUGAGCUGGAGGAGCACACACGCAUGAACCCCAGUGCCCUUGGCAUUGUCUUUGGACCAAACCUCUUCAGGUUCAAUGAAGACCUGCAGGGCUUAAAAGAGCAGGCUGUCACCAACCAGGUGGUGACAUAUUUCAUUGACCACUACAAUUCCAUCUUCGAAGGUGAUGCAGAGCUCUCAUGCACAGCUGAUGCUUCCAUGAACAUUCAAGGUGGCAGCACCGGCACCAGUAGCAAAUGCAGCGGAAGGAUGAUGCAGCCCCUUACUGUUGUCAUUCCUCCGUUGGAUGAAGCCAUGCUGGCGCUGAAACAGGAUACACUUAGUGCGGUGCCUACGCUCAUGAUUGACAGUUUGAUUGAUGACCGCUGUAACCAGGCCAUUACGUACAGGGCAGCCAAAGAAGGAAGCUCAAGUGGAGCUGCCAUACCAGGUCGCAGCUGUAAGCGCAAGGAGCGCAGGAUCUCUGGUGAAGACACUCCAGCCCCACGGUCGAGCUCCGAGGAGAGGCCAGCCACUGGCCUUCGUGUGGAGCCUGAAUUGGCAUCUCGUCGAUGCAGCAGCCAUGAGGAAGUUACCACACUGGAAACAAUGCAUGGAUAUUUCCCUCAGAUGGCAUCUGGGAGCAGUGGCCGAGCAGGGGCGCCUGGAGAUGACUCAAAUCGCGACUUGAGCCCACACCCACCACAACCCAAGAGGCGUGAAAUUGAGACACCUUCCAGUCCCUGCCCAGAGAGUUCACAGGAGUGGCGUGAGGCCUGCCGGAAUGUGGAACGGCCUAGCCCGCUGCAUUUGCAAGAUGUUCGGUACCAGGGCACACGACCCGAGGCAGCUGAAGAGGGCUCCGCAGACCGCCCCAUGGUGGACAUCGACGAGCCCUGUCAUCCACCAUGUGAUGGGCGCGAGGCUAAUGGGAGCCCAGAGGAAGCAGAUGGCUCGGUACCCAACACGCCCAGCACUCUGAGCAAGGACAGCAUCCCACCGCUGGACCUCAACAGCUUCCGUGAGGAAGAACCUGUUCUAUCGGAACAUCGGUUUAGCUGGCCCAUGGUUCAGGCCCUCGUUGAUGAAGAGCCAGUAAUGCCAUAUCUCCAGAAAGCCAAUUCUUAUGAGGCUCCACUGUCACCCAGUGCUUACAGGAGCUACCUGUCUCAUAGAAGCCUCCACCUGGAUCCAAACCUGCCGCCAUCUCCUCCUGUUGAGCAAGAUGAAUUCCUCAAAUCGAACUUUAAGGAUGAAGAAGCCAGCCAAACGACUGUAAAGCAACUAUCCAAGAGAGUCCAUUGGUUGAAAAAGAAGGUGAAACAGUUUGAAGAAAAUUUUGAAAAAGAACAUGGAUAUAGGCCAUCGCAUGCAGAGAAAAUGAACCAUGCUGAAAUGAAGAGGACCUUGCUUGAACUGAACAAGCUGCGAAAGGAUUUGAAGAAUGCGAAGGAGGAGAAUAGCCUUCCGGAGCCUGCCUACCUGACCUUUUCAUCGUGGGGUCGGGACUCACUCAGAGGGCUGUGUGAUAUGGACAAUGGUUCAGCCAAGCCGACCCAAAUGAUGGAGAAAGCACUGAGUGACACCCUCAUGUGCCUGGCCGAAAAGCGCAGGGUUGCUCAGCGUCCAGACUGUGUGGAUGACAUGACACGUGAGCAGGUGCUGGAGGAGAAGCUGGCACUGCAGAAAGCGCUUCUGCGCUUUGAGAGUGUGCACGGCCGGCCCUCACGACGCGCUGAUCGCAAUUUGAUGCGCCCACUGUAUGACCGGUACCGGAGUGUCAAGCGCCUGGUGGGCAGGAACCCCCUGGCCAAGGGCAAGGACUCUGAGCUGCAGCCCAUCCUGGAGCACGUUGCCAUGAACUUCACCUCCCCACAGCCCCGGUCCCCGCCCCAGGAGCUCGAAGAAGUUGUCGAUGAUGUGACUCCUGUUUCUGCGAUGGCACAAAGUGAGGCAAUGAGUGAUAUGGAAGAACCGGUCACAAGCAAAAAAGAAGUGGUUGAGCAGAUGCCCAUGGUGCUGGACAAAUGCAGCGAUUCAAACCUGCAUGAGCUUCCUCUGGCGGAGCUGCUCCAACAGCAGCAACAAACAAAGCUUGAAAAACGUCGGCUUCGGAAGUUGCUGAGAGAAUUUGAAGAGGAAUUUCAGAAGCAAACUGGGAGGAAAGUGCAAAAGGAAGAUAAGGCCCCAAUGGACUCCGUGUACUGCGAGUACAAGCAUGUCAAGGCCCGGAUGCGACUGUUGGAGGUGCUCGUCUCUAAACAUGAACAUCGACGGGAAAUAUGAAGCUGGCAGACGUCGUCUGUGUGCAACCCAAUCUUUAUUGAUUCUUUUCCUUUCUUCCUCUCACUGAGGGUGGCACUCCCCCAUGUUGGAACCACAUGAUCAUGUGCUGUGGAUCGAAUGCGUAGUUCCGUGGCAGCCAUCGAGGUUCAGAUACAGCAUUUUUAUUACUGUGCUCCUGUGGGUGGCAGCAUGAGAACACAUGUUUCUUUCUUUUCCCUGUCUUUUUCUUGUUCUGCAUUUUUUUCCCCCUACAACAAAAUAUGGAACAGGAAAUCCAUAAGCGCAUUGCAUACAUAGUCUAACCGUUAAGCCAUCAUAACAUCUUUUCUACUCUGUGGCAUUGCUGUCGAUUCAUUCUUUGUUGUUGCUUUUCAAGAAAAGAGGUGUUUUAGUUUCAUGCCUCCAUGAGAAGCUUCCACUGCUCUGGAGCUUUUGUAAUGUGUGAUGCCACACAAGUAUGUGGCCUUAUUAUGGUUGACAAUUUAUUGUGAGGAUAAGCCCAUUUUUUGAUGUUUUUGUCCAGCAGAGCUGUAGGCCUGAAACCGUGAUAUGCAAAUAGAUGCAGUCACCUGCUGCAUCUCUUGGAGUUGGCACUGUGUUCACCUGAUUUAUGUGACAUGUUCAUAUUGACAGUAGAUUAAUUCUCUCACAAAUAGAGUAAAGGUUGUGCAUGUGCAUUUAUGCACAUGCAUGAGCUUUGCAUAAUGCACAUGAUUAUGAUGAUGCACAUACAUAUGGCGUUCAUUAUGUAUGAUGCAUACUAGAGCAUAACAUUGUUAUCACAUUGAUAUUUCAUUUCCAAUUUGUUGCCUGUAAGGCGUGCUGUCUUGAAAAUGUGACACAACACCGUUGCGGCAACUUUUGUGCAUUUGCCAAAAUAAUGUUUGUAGCACAUAUUUUAAUUUGGUUAAGAUUGCACUGCAGGCUGCAUUUUUUCUUACAGCAGUUAAUUUUCUCAUCAGUGUGAACCAAUCUAGUGGAUAGAAAAAAGAACACUGUGUCAAUUCCAGCAGCAUUUUUUUUUAUGCACUCAAUUUUGGUGAUUGCUUUCUUUUGCAGAAUAUUGUUACACUUGCUAGAAGUAAGCUUGUGGCAUUUUUUAUUGUUUGUACUUGUCAUUGUGUGUGCAUGCCUUCCUGGUUGUCUGGGAUGCAUGGAUGUAAUGUGAUGGCCUUCUGGUAGCUUUUGUUCAAAGGAAGUGCUUGAAAUAGUCAGGUUGCCUUGGCCACCUUUUUUAGCUCUUGUUUUAGCAUUGCAUCUUUCGAGGCGUGCUUGGCUUUAAUAGUUGGCAGAUUUGGUGGCAUACAGCAAGUGCCAGGUUUCCUGGCAGAUUGCUGGCUCCAAGGACAGCACUGCUUGUUUUUGACGAUCGAGUGCCUUGAUCGGAUGGAACGGGACAAAAUGUUGUUUCUUAGCCAAGUAGCCAAGAACGGUGUUCCCUUUCUGUUUUAUCUUGUGCACGUGUGCGUCCGUUUGCUUGUAGACUGUUUGGUAUAUAUUGUACCUGACAUAUGUGUAUGUAGUUGUCAACAUGGGUUAUACCUGUUCUCUAGAGGCAUGAUACUACAAGCCACGGCAUUUUUAGUCUCCACAUGCUGUGUGUGUGACAUGGUAACUGCAGCCAUGUUGUGCGUGUGGCUAGUCUAGUGAACCUUUCCUCACUUGAGUUUAUGAAUUCUAUGGACCCAGUGUGAUGCUACGUUCAUGUGCCUUUUUAUUUUUUUGUCUUUUUACAUUCACCUGGACAUGCAGUUAGAGGUUUCUUUUUCUUCUUUAUGUAGGAAGGAAGUGGUGCAGUGUCUGCAAGCAAGCUUUCAGAUGAUAUUUUGAGUAUGCAAAGUGCUGUAUAAAUAUUAAAUAUAUACAUACAUAUAUUAUAUAUAUAUACAUAUACAUACAUAUACAUAUAUAAAUAUUAUUUGUCCAAGUGUCCGUACAUAGACUAAACCUGAAAUGUUCAUGGAUGACAGUAUUAUGUGUGAGAAUGUUGUUGGAUGGAUGAUUGGACACGUUAUUUAUGGCAGUGAAUGUGAUGCUGUGAGCAUUAAAGAGUUUCUUGAGAGUGCUUGCGAUUGUCUGAUUACACAUCUUCAAAACAGGUGCUGGUUUGAAUGCCUCUCGGUGGCAAUAUCCUACCUGUUAUGGUGAGAUGGCUGAAAUCCACUCAUAUGGCAUGUUUUAUGGGGGUGUCAUACUAAGUAUCAAGUACGAUGUUUGUGACUUGUAUGGCCCUGGAUUAUAACUGUUUUUUUGUUGGGAACAUACCAUUUUUUUAGGCUGCCUAUGUUACUGAGAAGGAUGCAGGUUUCACUAUGGUUUUGAAAAACUUACUGGAACCAUCUGGCUCACUUUAAAUAGCGUGGCAGUUGAAAUUGUACAGACUGGCAAAAGAGUUUAAGAGGGCUCUUGUAAGUUUGCGUAGUUAGUUAUUCACUAAAAUGGCAGGUAGCUUGCUGCCAUGGUUUCUCUGACCAGUUGCUGCAAUGUGUUACUAGUUUGCUUAUAUAUGACUCUGUACUUAUAGUGGUAAAGUGAAUAUGUAUUUUGGUUAUUAACAGCACUUCUAGGUGGCAAGCUACUGGUCUCUACCAACACCAUUUAUUUAGCUUUCCUAUUACGCUGUGUCUUGAUUGUAAUGAAUGUAACCAAGAUAACGCUGUAGCGUAGAUUUGUGCUCUUUGAUACUUGUUUCAUUCUAAAAAUCUGGAGAUGGAAGUGGCCAGCUUUAUACAGUGAACAUGCUAUAAUUGUUUACGAUGGCACUUUUGUAUUGACCACCACCUCCACAUGCCUGGCUUCAGUACCUUGUACUUUGUGUUUUGUAUACAGAUAUACCACAGUGGUGUAAUGAUAAUGUUUGCAUUGCUUGACAGUGUUAUCGUACAUGAGUGCUAUUAUGAUAGUAAUUCGUGAUAUGCCCAUGUGGUCAUGUAUAUGAUCAAAUAUGCUAUAUGUAUACAAUUAUUUGACAGUAUACUGCAGUUGUGAAUACUGCAUGUGUAUUACAUUGUUGUAACUGCACCUUUUUUGGAAAUGCUGGGAGGAGCUUGAAGGUUGCCAAUUAAACAUUUGUGAGGCCCGGUG